AUGGCCUGUAAGGCGCCAAUCAUGGCUCACAGGAAGAGGCCUGGGACGAGCGGAGGAAGCAGUAUGGCUGCUCCAGGUCCUGUGUCCUGUCCUGUCCCUCGUCCUACAGAGCCAUGUGACCUGAAACCCCUCCCCCCUCGACAACGCCCAGUUCGCUACCCCAAAGUGCGGCGUGAUCCGAAACCUCUCCCCCGCUCCUGCAAGGCACAAUAUUCCUCUGCCGAGACCCAAGACGUGGGUCGCAGUCAUUCAGAUGUGGAUGUUGUGGACACAGAGGUUGAGGUGAAGCGGUACAGCCCCCAAGCAGACGCAGAACGGGAGGAUCCGCUGCCAGUAACACACUCUACGCCACAACAUGAGCUGGAACGUGAAAAAGACGACCAUCACCCGGCAGACGUCCACGGUGGAGCUGACAGCCUGGAUGAUGACUCCAGCUCUGACUAUAUCAACAACACCUCAGAUGACGAGGAAGACUAUGAUGACGGACUGGCAGAGGAAGACGAGGGUGUGACUUAUUACAUUCGCUACUGCCCAGAGGACGACAGCUACCUGGAGGGUGUUAUGGACUGUAGCAGCCAGGGCGACUGCAACCAAAGCGAGAGCCACAGCCAGGGGGACAGCGCCAGCACCACGCAGCCCAUUGAACCCCACACAGACGAAUGCCAGGAGGCUGUGGAGGGAGAGGGGGAGGGAGGGGUAGAGGUAAGAGAGGAAGAAUGGGUGGAAGAUGAGGAGGCAGAGGGAGUAGUGAGGGAAGAGUGGAGAGAGGAGGAGGAAGAGGUUAGGGAAGAGUGGAGAGAGGAGGAGGAGGUGGCUAGGGAAGAGUGGAGAGAAGAGGAGGAGGUGGCUAGGGAAGAGUGGAGAGAAGAGGAGGAAGAGGCUAGGGAAGAGUGGCGAGAGGGUGAUGAAAAUGCCAGGGAGGAGUGGAGAGGGGAGGGUGAGGUCAGGCAGGAGCAGUGGGCUGGGCGAGAGAGGCACAGGGUGGAGGAGUGGGUUGAGGAAGAGGGGAAGGUUCGCUGUGAAGUGGUGGAGCAAGAUCCCGAUGAGCAGAUAUACAACGGAAGGCCCGAACCCAUCCUGGACCAUCACCAGCACAAACCCUCCCUGCCAGACCCCCUGCACCACCGAGGUGAGGAGGAGGAGGCAGAGAGCGAGGACUACUGCCCUCACGAGGAGGAAGAUGAGGAAGGAGACGAGGAGGAGAGACACGGGAGGGCCUACACCGGAGACUACUAUGCCCCCGAGGACAAUGGGAACUCAGUGCGAGUCUCUCCGUACCGUGGCCGUAAGGUGGUGGUGGUAGAGCGGGAGACGGGGGAGGAGGCGGAGGAGGACAUUGACCAAAUAGUCGCUGAGAUCAAGAUGAGUAUGAGCAUGGGGAGUCUAAGCAGCGGUACCGACAUCAGCCCAGAGGAGCUGCUGCAGGACCCCGCACCGUGUGACUACUCUCUCGCCAAGCCUGACCCGGCCCCCUACCCACCUGCUCACCACCGGCACGACAGCAGGCCCAAGUCUCUGAAUCUCCCCUCCAUGCACCACAACAACCCUGACCUCCAGAGGCCGAUCAAGGCGCACCCACGUUCCCCUGAAGACAGACAGAGAUGGGCUCAGGAGCAGGUGAGCAAUGGUGCAGAGCAACCCAGAAAGCAGCAGCGCUCCGACCUCAACGUCCCCCUAGAGAACAACAAUGUACCAGAGCCAACGAAGAAGGCUGCAUCGUUCCCCAGCUUUGUCGACGUCCCAGGACCGUGUGAGCCAGAAGACCUGAUUGAUGGAAUUAUCUUUGCUGCUAACUACCUGGGCUCCACUCAGCUGCUGUCUGAGAGGAACCCGUCCAAGAACAUACGCAUGAUGCAAGCGCAGGAGGCUGUCAGCAGGGUCAAGAGGGUACAGAAGGCUGCCAAAAUCAAGAAAAAGGCGAAUACAGAUGGAGACGCUCAAACCCUCACUGAGGUCGAUCUGUUCAUCUCCACCCAGAGAAUCAAAGUCCUCAACGCAGACUCGCAGGAGACGAUGAUGGACAACGCUCUCCGCACUAUAUCCUACAUCGCUGAUAUUGGGAACAUCGUGGUGCUGAUGGCGAGACGCCGGAUGCCGCGCACAGCCUCACAGGACUGUAUUGAAACGACGCCCGGGGCACCUGAGGCUAAGAAACAGUACAAGAUGAUUUGCCACGUCUUCGAGUCUGAGGAUGCCCAGCUCAUCGCUCAGUCCAUCGGCCAGGCGUUCAGUGUCGCUUACCAAGAGUUUCUGAGAGCAAAUGGCAUCAACCCCGAGGACCUGAGCCAGAAGGAGUACAGUGACAUCAUCAACACGCAGGAGAUGUACAACGACGACCUAAUUCAUUUCUCAAACUCCGAAAACUGCAAAGAGCUGCAGCUGGAAAAGAGCAAAGGGGAGAUCCUGGGUGUGGUGAUCGUAGAGUCCGGCUGGGGAUCCAUCCUGCCCACAGUUAUUUUAGCCAACAUGAUGAACGGAGGGCCGGCGGCUCGCUCUAGCAAGCUCAGCAUCGGAGACCAGAUCAUGUCCAUCAACAACACCAGCCUCGUGGGGCUGCCACUCGCCACCUGUCAGGGAAUCAUCAAGGGCUUAAAGUACCAGGUCCAGGUGAAGAUGAACAUCGUGAGCUGCCCUCCUGUCACCACCGUCCUCAUCAAGAGACCAGAUCUUAAAUAUCAGCUCGGCUUCAGCGUCCAGAACGGCAUCAUAUGCAGUCUGAUGCGAGGAGGGAUCGCUGAGCGAGGUGGCGUCCGUGUGGGUCACAGGAUCAUUGAGAUCAACGGGCAGAGUGUGGUGGCCACAGCACAUGAGAAGAUUGUCCAGGCCCUCUCCAACUCCGUCGGCGAGAUCCACAUGAAGACGAUGCCGGCGGCCAUGUUCAGACUUCUGACAGGCCAGGAAACGCCGAUGUACAUAUGA